GCUCCCGGAAGGGGCGGGGCCUAAAACGGCGGCACUUCCGGGAUCGGCGCGGGGCGGAGGGGGAACAUGAGCUGGAUCCCGUUCAAGAUCGGGCAGCCCAAGAAACAGAUUGUACCCAAGACAGUGGAGAGAGACUUUGAAAGGGAAUAUGGGAAGCUGCAGCAAUUGGAAGAUCAGACCAAAAAACUUCAGAAGGAUAUGAAGAAAAGCACAGAUGCAGAUUUGGCCAUGUCCAAGUCUGCAGUGAAGAUCUCCUCAGACCUGCUGUCCAACCCCCUGUGUGAGCAGGAGCCCUCCUUCCUGGAGAUGGUCACAGCUUUUGACACAGCCAUGAGGAGGAUGGACUCCUUCAACCAGGAGAAGGUGAAUCAGAUCCAAAAGACAGUGAUAGAGCCUUUGAAAAAGUUCAGCAGUGUGUUCCCCAGCCUGGGCGUGGCUGUGAAGCGCCGCGAGCAAUCGCUGCAGGAUUACAAACGCCUCCAGUCCAAGGUGGAGAAAUACGAGGAGAAGGAAAAAACUGGUCCUGUCCUGGCCAAGCUGCACCAGGCCCGGGAGGAGCUGCGCCCUGUCAGGGAGGAUUUCGAAGCCAAGAACAAGCAGCUGCUGGAGGAGAUGCCCAAGUUCUACAGCAGCCGCAUCGACUACUUCAAACCCAGCUUCGAGUCGCUGGUCCGGGCCCAGGUUGUGUACUACACCGAGAUGCACAAGAUUUUUGGGGAUCUGACGGCUCAGAUCGACCGGCCCGGGCUGAGCGAUGAGCAGCGGGAGAGGGAGAACGAGGCCAAGCUCAGCGAGCUGCGGGCGCUGUCCAUCGUGGCUGAUGACUGAGGGAGGCCGGGCCAGGGUGGGGAGGGAUGGGGACCCCCCCCCUGCACCCCAGAUCCCAUCCCAGGGAUGGACUGGAGGGGCUGGAGCUGCUCCUGCCGGGGUUUGGAUCCUCCCUGGCGCUCCACGAAUGAGUUUUGCCUUAAAUUUUGGGGCGUGGAGGAGCAGGAAAGGGAGGGAUGUGCUGGGUUUGUGCCUCCCUCGGCAUCCCCGGAGGGUGUGCCCCCACUCCUCCCCCUCAUUCUGUGCCUUAGGCACCCUCAGGGGAGGGUAAAAUCACUCCAAAAAAAUGACUCAAAUCCCGAUUUUUGAGGCACGGAGGAGCGGACGAUGCUCCCUCUUUUCCCAGCAACGCUGCAGCGGAGCUGGGGGUGCCGAGGGUGGGGACAGGGGACCCCAAACCCCGGAGCAGGGACAGGCGGGGACAUCCCUGAGGGAGACAACGCAGGCAGGAGCAAACUGGGGAAAUGCCACAGGGACUCGGUCGCUUGUCCCCAAUAAAGUUUCGGGCAGCGGGGCCGGUGCCACCGCCGGGGCCGUGUCGCUGUCGCCGCUGUCGCUGUCGCUGUCACCGCCGGGCCACUGUCGCCCUCUGCCGCCGCCCGGCCGCCACUGCAGGGGGACACGGCGGGCUUGGGGUGUCCGGGGAAGGGAAAAAAAACCCGGGAGGGGCGCGAGGAGUGGAGCUUUCCAGGGAAAUUCAGAGAAUUUAAGGAUAAGGAGGGGCUGAGUGCUGGAUGUGGGUGGGAUAAGGGGGUGGGAGCCCACCCUGGAGGGGCUCUGGAGGUUCUGUCUCUGAGGACACACAGCUCCAGGCAUCGGGGACACCGUCAGCGCCUCUUGCUGCCAGGACCUGGAUUUGGGAGCAGCAGGCUGGAAAUGGGGAUGGAGCCCCUAAAACCAAACCUUCCCUUCCCAGCUGAGCCCUGGGAAUGCUGUUCCCAGUGCAGGAACACUGCAGUGCCCCUGAGAGCAUCCCGUGCCAAACUCCUCCCCAGCUCCAUCCCUCCCUCUCCCCCUGGCUGUUCCUUCCCAACCACAUCACAUGCCAGGCCAGGUUUAAGCAAAAUAAACCCAGUUGCCACGGUUACCCAGAGCAGGGAUGCUAAA